AUGACCCUCCGGCCAGGAGGCUCUCCAUCACCGAAUCCGGAGCAGCAGCAGAGUCAACAACAGUACCAAACACAGCCAUACCAGUCCUUGGGCCAACCCAGUCCCUACCAACAGAACCCCAUCAAUUACAGCACGCGCUUCUCCAGCGCCAACUUCCCCCAGGGGCCUCCUGUUGAAGCUGGCUCCGGACAAUCCCCUGUCUCGGCUUCGAAUUCCACACCAAAUCCCUUCGCCGACCACGGUAGCCGCUCUCGCAGCAGCACUGUCGGCGGGCAAUCUCAACAUCGCCCCAACGAUUCGGCCGGCGCCACACCCCUCCAGCCCCAGCACUCAGGCUACGUGACUGCCACCAGUUCGCGACCAGUCUCGCGCUCCACGGCCGCCUCCCCGCCCAACGCCAUUCCUGGCGCCGCUCAGUCCCGCCCGUCCACCGGCAGAUCCCCCUUCUCAACCCCAAUCAGCGCGCCGCCGAGACAACGCCCGGCGCAAAUCCUGCUCAUCAACCCCAACUCGACGCGCUCCAUGACCGAUGCCUGCCUAGCUUCCGUGCGGCCCAAUCUCCCCGCCAACGUCGAACUGACCGGCUACACGGCGCCCUACCCCGCCCCAACCGCCAUCGAAUCCGCCACGGACGCCAUCAUGUCGACGGAAGCCGUGCUGCGCGACCUCGCCAAGUACGCGGCGCCCAACAACGAAACGGUGCAAAACUUUGACGGCAUGCUCGUGGCCUGCUACAGCGCGCACCCGCUCAUCGACGCCCUGCGCGAGUCCUACGACGUGCCCGUCAUCGGCAUCAUGGAAGCCUCGCUGUACGUGGCGCGCAUGCUGGGCGGGCGCUUCGGCAUCGUCGCCACGGGCGCGCGCAGCAAGUUCCGCCAGGAGGACAGCGUCGCCGCCUACGGCCUGACGCACUUCUACGUCGGCAGCGAGGCCACCGGCCUGGGCGUGCUGGAGCUCGAGAGCCGCGAUCGCUCCGAGGUGUUGAAACGCGUGGCGCACGCGGCGAGGGUGCUGGCGGCCAAGGGGGCGGAUACCAUCUUGCUGGGCUGCGCGGGCAUGACGGAUAUGGUGAGGGCGGCCAAGGACGGGGUGCGGGAGGAGGACGGGACGCGAAAGGUCAAUGUCGUGGACGGCGUCGAGGCCGGCGUGCAGGUCCUGUCGGCGCUGGUGGGCAUGGCCAUCCCCACCAGCAAGAAGUGGAUCUACAAGGGCGAGAGGGACGGGCGGAGGGCGAGAGGGCAGAAUUGGUUGUGA